AACGCUAGUAACGUCUCAAGAUGAUGUGAUAAAAUCACUAUGUUUGAUAUAAAUUCAUUGCAAAAUCACGAUAAACGGCAGCGCAUAAACGAUAGGCAAUGCUUCUUCUUCACAUACCGACAAGUGCCGCGAUUUGUUGCUCCCAAAGAAGUUUGUUUUUCAUACGUUCUCAAAAAAAAGUAAAUUAAAAUAUAACUUGUUCGAAAAUGCGUGUCUACGCAUACGAAUUAGCAAACCUAAUAGGCUGCGUUAAUCAUGUCAUAUUCGAUUCCGGCAUUGUUUAGUAGAAGGACACGAACGAUUGACACAUUUUAUUUAAAUUUCACGUGCUAAAUUCUGAAAAUCCAUUUGAUAAAUUUGUCGCAAAACAUUUCUAUAUAUUUUUUCGAACACUGCAUUGUGUGAGUGUUUGUGUUGAGUUUUGGUUGCUUCGCGCAUUUGGGCGUUGCACUGUUGUAUAUGGAUAACAAGAUGUCGAAAAGAGGAACAGCAACUGGAACUGGGACUGGAACUUCUUUCAGGGAAUACGCUGCGGCCGAGGAUCGUUUGCUCGACUUUUUCUCGCCACUCGAGGAUGCAAGUACAGCUGCAACUGCAACAGGAACAGCAGUGGCUGCUUCUCCAGCAAGCAGUGUUGCUGUAGAGCAGAUUAAUAAUGCGCUUGAGGUCGAUCCCUCCAGGGAUAACAUGCUGCCUUUCAUCUCCGAUGACACCGAACUACACAGUCUGCUUUCCAGUUCCGAGAGUAGCUUUAAGGGAUUCGACGAUGCUCUGCAAGAGCACGCAGACGGUGCUGGCGGAGAUCAGACCCUUAUCUUUGGCGUCUCUCGUAAUGCCGAAAAUAUGGAACAGCAUUCGGAUGCCGAUAAUUUCAUGGGCUGCACGACACCCAAACGUGUUGUACUCAGUCCUCAGUUUACAACGGCACCAGUGCCCAGCACAUCUGGGGACUAUAUGCUCACCAAUGGCAACGAAGGACCGAUUCCAAUUGAGGAUCAACACGUUAUUGCGGAGUCGCACAUCUAUGACGAAAAUGUGGUUCUGUUGUCAGAUGAUCAAUGCUGCGAGAUCAUUGUGCAGACGGACCAGGAAAUGGAGCGUGUUUAUCUGAUGGAGACCGUGGAGGAACAACAUCAACAACAACAGCAACAGCCGCUCAACAAUGGUGUCAGAUACGAGCAGGUUGAGGAUGUGGUGGAGCAGGAGGAGGAGGAGGAGGCCUCUGGCGAGCAACAUGUUUAUCUAAGCGAUGCGGCCCUGGAGCUGGAACAACAACAACAGCAGUUACUGCUGGAUGCAGCCGAUGAGGAAACGCCACAAGUUAGUGACUCCUAUGUGGAUGACAUAUGUGAGGUGUACGAUGAUGAGCUGGAGGAGCAUGACGACGAGUGUGUUGUCGAGGAGUUGCAACUGCAAGAAAUGAGCAUAGAACAUCCAGAAGAAGAGCCGGAGGAGCAACCCACCACCAUUCUGAUUGUCAGCGAUGUGGAGGAACCACAACAGCAGGAAUUGACAGCACCCGUUGUAAUUCCACACAGUAGCACCACCGAGUUUCCAGUGAGCUCAACGUCGAGGCCAAAUGCCAGUGACUACGAUGACUAUGACGCGGAUGUGGGCACAGCGGAGGAGCAGUCGCCACCACAUCCGCGCAAAUAUGGUCUGCUGAAGAACACGCUUUCCGCCGAGGCCAUGGAUCGCCGGCUGGCCAACAUUUGCCAAUCGCAGCCACAGAUGAGCGUCAGCGAGAAGUUGGCCAACUGGAACUGUGCACACAACUGCGAUGUCGUCGAAGAUGUGGAGAAUUUUGAGGCCGAGUUCGAGCAACACGAAGCUCAGGCGGCAGUGCAGCCGAAGUUCAACGAAUUCUACGAUAAAUUGCGUCAGAGCAUGACGGAACUCAAGAGGGAUUUAAUGCAACGGAGUGCAUCGAUCGAAGCACAGGAUACGCCAUACUCUAGCGAGGAUGUGACCGUGCAGAAGAGACCCAACUAUAGGCGUUUACUUCAAUUGCAGCCAGAGCAGCAAACUGAGCCCAUUGUCCUAGACGACGAUGACGAUGAUGAUGAUGAUUAUGACGAUGAUUGCAUUGAAGUGCAAGUGACGCCAUCCAUAAGGACGCUAGUGCCUCAGCCGGAGUCGGAGCACGAUGAACCGGAUAAACCGGAGCAUGUGGUGGUCAUGACGAGUGAAACCCAAACAAUAUCACAGCAUCUGCAAUCAAAGGAAACAUCAACAACCGAUCUAAGCAAUCAGUUAUGUAUGCCGCCGCCUUUGUUGACUGCAAAUCAGGAGUCUCUAAAGCUGUCACCCAUCGUAUCGGAUUCAAUGUUGUAUGAGGUGAAUGUGUCCCGCUUGGAGGAGCAACAGCAACAACAACAACAACAGCAAGCAUCACGACCACAACAACAACAACAACAACAAGAGCAUGAAGUGCUCGGCAAUAGUUUGGAAUACCACAAAGAUGCUCAGUUUUAUGAGCAACACGAAUUUUGCAAUUAUCUUGGCCUAACGGAACUGGCCACGGCCAAUGCAGUGGCGAAUGCGAUGAGGGAACUGGCCAACAGCACGGUGGCACGUCGAUCUCUCCGAGUGCGCACUCAACAGCAGCUGGACCGGAUGCGAAGCGAUGUGCGUGGCAAGCGGCGACAAAAGAAGAAACGUGAGCAACAGGAAGAGCAGCAGGAGCAUCAGCAGAAUGAGCAGCAGCAGAAUGAAAAGCAAUUGAUCAGCGAGAGUAGCAGCACCAGGAGCAGAAGCAGAAGCAGCGUUGGACGCCACAGCAAUUGCAGUAGCAAUCGUAAAAGCAUCACGUUAACGGGCAAUCAGGUGACUUUGGUGGAGAUGGAAACCGGGAGCACACAACACUCACCACACAGCAUGCCACCACCAUUGCCAAGGAUAAGUCCAGCAGCACAAGCUAUCGAAUACUAUUAUCACUCGCCGUCUGGUGAAGUGCAGCAUCAGCAUCCUCAGCAUCCACAGCAUCCUAAUCAUCCCAAUUCUCUGUUGACGGUCAAUGAGUCGAAUGCGUUGUCCUUGGAGGCGGCCUUUGCCAAGGUCUAUGCGGAUGCAGCGCCUGCCCAGAGCGAACUCCAUGAGACCAUGCAGAAUCGCUUGCGUCAGGCGCGAGAAACUAAACCCUCCAUCUACAUUGUCAAAUCUCUGAACAAUUCAGCUCCUGCCGCCAGCACAGCCGUUGUGCAUCCACCGGAGCGAUUGAUAUACAACAAGACUCCGGAGCCAGUGGCUAUUGCACCCAAAGCGUCGCGCAAGUUGAGCAAGAAGACGCCACAGAAGACGACGACAACGAAACGUCGUCGGACCACAGCUGGCGGAGCUGGAGGAGCAGCUGCAGCGACUGCAUCGGAUCGAGAGCUGAUCACGCGAUCCAUGAACUCGAAAAUGUUGCGCAAUCGCAAGGUCAACAUGCUGAAGACCUUUGAGCUGGCUGAUGUGGCACAGAAUCGCAACAAGCAGCGUCUAAGCGGCGGAUCAGCAGGUGCCGCCAAACGUCUCAACUCCAAGUUGACCAAGAAGACCGCAAAGAAACCGGAGCCGCCAUUGCCCGUGGAUGCCAGUCAACAAUAUCGACUGGAGCAGCAGCAGCAGCAACAGCAGCCGCAGAAAUUUCCCCAAUCCCCAAGCAAAACCAAGUCAACGAAGGCGUCACGCACACCCAACCGAACAGAUCAGCAAGUGCCGCCGAAACGAAAGCGUUUCCGUGCGAAAUCUCUGCCAACGGCAUUUAAUGCGAAUGAGCCCCAACAUACGGCAAUUGCAGAUGCCAAUUUGGGAGCCAUAUCACCCGAGUUGAGUCCAAUGCCGGAGCUCCACCUGCCGAAGCCAUCGAUGGACACACAUGAGUUUCUGACGAAUCAUGCUGCGGUCAGUCCGCCUUUAUAUAGUGCAGCCGUGCGACGUUAUGUGAAUGCGAUGCGUAGUCCCAAGGAGCAAGUGCAGCAUCCUGCAGCGGCUGCAGCUGACGAGGCAGAAGUGGAGCAACAGCAUUCACCGCCACUUGAGGGCUUCUUUGAUAUGACCGGACCGUUUGUUCAGUUGGCCAAACCCUCAUUAGUCUAUCCGCCCUUAUCACCGCCACCAUCGCAGCGUACUCCGCAUUUUUCACGGCGUCUACGUCAAGUGGCCGGAGCGAAUGUCAGAUCAGAUGUGGAUAAAAUGCCCAAAGUUCAGAUGACGCCACCCGUUGGUCUAUUGUCCCUCACCAAGGGAUCGACGUCGCUUCGGAACCCGCUGGCGGGCAAGAAUGGCAAAGUGCUCUACAUGUACUACGAGCUGGAGCAGCUUAUUGUGCUCCAGGAGCGGGUUAUCACAUUCUGGAAGUACUCGCAAAUCUUUAAUGUUCUGCAAAAGAGCAAACUGGACGAAUCUUCUACGAAUUCCACAGCGUCCCAGCAACAUUCAUUCAAUAAUUUUGGUGCACGCACAAAUGCAAUGGGAAAAAAUAAAAAUCAGCGUAGAGUUUCCGGGGAAUCGGAUAAAGCGGAUCCGGAAGGCAUUGAAACGUGUUGGGUGUAUUUAGGUGGCACACGACGCACAACAAAUGAUAUGGAAGUAGACAUUCCCUUUAGCAAUCGCAUGUGCGCCCACAACUCCACGCCCGUCUACAUUGAGAUGCGCAGUCAUCCGCUGGAUCAUCACAGGCGUGAGAGCAAACUCUUGUCCCUCUACGUCAAUGUGUACUACUAUUGCGAGGAGGAACUGCGUCCUAAGAUGCACUCCGUGCAUCUAGAUGCUGUCAACUGCGAUUGGAACCAAGUGAUAUACACCAGCAUAGCCGAUUCUCGUUAUUUUGUGAUGGCGUGGCAGCAGGAGAUUGUAAUGGGCAAGCCGCGAGCUGGAAUCUGCAAGUAUUCGCUGACACCGACAUUGGAUACACUGGCCAGCAUACGGGAGUUUAAGCAGCUGCGGCAUGAGCUUAAGCAUAUUGAGUGCCUGACGGAGGAUCGAUUGAUUGGCUAUGGACAGACGCGCAUUACCAUUUGGGAUCAUCGUAGUGGCGACACGCUGAUGAACUAUGAUUUGGGCUUUAAGCUUGGCCGCAAUCUUGGUGUUAUGCAUUUCCCCAGCUUCGAAAUGGAUCAGAGUAGUUUGCUGGUACUGUAUCAGCACGUCAAGGAGCAGAAUAAGUGGCCGGAAUUAAGGAUCAUUGCAUGUGAAUUAUCACAUGCCACGCCAUCGCAUCGGAUGCUCCAUGUGCAUCGCCUACCGUCGCCUCAGUUUGACUGUGAAUUGGUGGCCAUCAAUACAGGAGAUCAUUUGAUAUUAAAAUCGCCAACGGAUGAUGAGAUCUGGAUAAGUAUCACUGAUCCGCGACAAUUAACCUAUCUGGCGCCACAGGGCACACAACGUUUCUAUACACGGCAAAAGUCGCAGGUUAUCAUUAUGACGCCAGAGACACUCACCGUGGACAGCAUUGCCAAUCAUGUCCUGCAAUUGGCCACACACCAACAGCAAAUGAUGAUGAUGGCGGCGGCUGAGGUGGCGGCGGCUGAGGUGGCGGUGGCCUCAACUGGCUGACAGUUGCCCGUGUCCCGUGUCCUGUGUACACCAAAUAUUCCAAAUCAAAGAUACAAAUGAAAAUGAAAAAUUUCCCGUCUUUUAACUGUAGCUUGGGAACUCACGUGAAUUUCGUUUUUAGUUAAUAUAUAUAUUUUACUUGAUCCACUUUUAAUGCUUACCAAAAUUGUUCUAAUUACCCUUAUCUAUUUGAAUAUAACAUAUAUGAUUUAGAGAUGCUCUUGGAACAGCAUCGUC